GUUUCGCCUACAAGUCCUUGUUGUGUGCACCUAGUGCGCAUUUCGAACUAAAAAAACAAGUUUUUUCUACACAGCUAUUUCGGAGUCGUUUAAGGGUGCAAAAUUUUGUUUGCUUUUCGCGUAUACCAAAAACAUUAACCUUAAAUAAUAAGAAUAAUUUCAAGUAUCAAAUCACAAAAAUAUUUGAUAAACAAACGAGGAGUGCUUCAGAGACGAUCGAUCGAUUAUUAUCAUCAUCGCGAUCACAUCGUUACUUUACCGCGCCUUCUGAUUCUUCCUCCUCCGAAAAUAAUUCUAAAAAGUUAUUGGACAUUACAUUUGACAAGGAUAAACCUAUACUUACCGAACUACACUACGGCCGAACACGCGUCUACACUGCGCUUCCUCCUGCUUCUACGCAUUCACCGACAAGCUCAAAGACCUCGCCUGCUGCAUCCUCGUCGCCUCUGUACUGGCAAUGGCAACCGCGGACGACAGAAGCCGGCAUUCCGGAAGUCCGUGGACCAGUAUCAAGCUUUGUGGGAAGCAUUAAACAAAAUUUGAGUGCCAUGUUUCUACCGGUUGGUUAUCCAGAGUCUGUCCAUGAGUGCUACGCAAAAUUUCACAUUUGGCUCGCAUUGGAAACUUUUCUCGGAUCAUCGACAGGAGUUUUGUGCAGUCAAGCGAUGUUGUCAUCUCUUGGAUUGGGUCAUGCUGAAGCAGCAGCUGGUGCAGUGGCUAUUCAAUGGGUUCUUAAGGACGGAUUCGGUGAAAUAGGAAAACUAUUUUUCAUCAAAGGAUUCGCUUAUUCAUUUGACUCGCAUCCCAAAACAUGGAAAAUGGCAUCCGGAUAUUUUCUUCAGUUGUGUACGUGUAUCGCGAAGCCUGGAUAUUUCUUGCCGUUAGCUUCGCUAGGUAAUGCAUUUGAAAGUAUUCAAUAUAGUAUUUUUGGAGCUACGCAUAUGGCAUUUAUUAGGAAUUUUGCACUCUCUGGCAAUGUUGGCGACAUUGUAGCAAAGGACGAUGCGCAAAUGUCUCUGGCACAUUUAUUAGGGAUGUUAUGUGGUGUUGGCUUGAUAACCAUCUCACAUGAUCCACCUUUUCUGUUUUCGUGUUUUGCUUUAUUGGCUCCUCUGAAUAUGGGUGCGACUUUAGCACUUUUGAAUGCGGCACAGUUCGAAAUACUGAAUCAGGCAAAACUAUCAUUAAUCACUCGUCAAUAUAUUGAUUGUGGCGAAGUGCCAACAAUGGAAGAACUUAAAGACAGAGAAAUUGGGUUUGGGGAAUGGAUAAGACCGAAAAAGAGUCCUAUUGGUGUGAAGAUAAGGAUGGGUGUUCCGGCUUCUGAUGCCUUUCCUACAAGUGAACACAUUCGAAGGGCAUUGGCCGUUUUAGCGAAUGAAAAUUACCUAUUUAGUUACAACCCGUAUAAUAACACAAUUGAUACGCUUUAUCAUUCAGACGCUGAAUCUAAUGAUGUUAUCAAAUCUAUACUUCAUUCAUUGAAGUUUCACGACCUAAUCACCAUAAAUCGACUUCCUGGUUCACGGGAUAUUAGUGAUGAAAUAAUAACUAAAACGAUGCAAGAAAGUCACACAUGGACGAAUCAAAAGUUUGGAAAUUUCGUGGCUGAAUUAGACGAUAAGGAUUGGCAGAGUGAUGUGGUAUUUUGGAAAGACAAGGGAUUCAGGGUAAGAUGGGAACGUAUAAAAGCUACUGAGAAGUUAUAA